AUGGACCCCAACUGCUCCUGCGCCACCGGGGGCUCCUGCAAAUGCAAAGAAUGCAAAUGCACGUCCUGCAAGAAAAGCUGCUGCUCCUGCUGCCCUGCCGGCUGCGCCAAGUGUGCCCAGGGCUGCAUCUGCAAAGGGGCAUUGGACAGGUGCAGCUGCUGCGCCUGA